AUGGACAGAGAACAAGAGGAGAUUCAGUUUCUUGGCUUCUUUGGCAUCUUCAAAGAGUCCUUCAACAUCAUCUCCUCAUGGAGAAAAAUCUUGAGCCAAAUCACUCUCACUAUCAUCCUCCCUCUUUCCAUCAUCUUCUUAGCUCAUAUCGAAAUCUCCAUACUACUCUUUGCCAAAAUCAUCCGCAACGAAGAUUAUUUGAAAUACGAAACGGUGGAGGGUACCUCUAAAUAUGCCAAAGUCUCCGAUACCAUCCACUCCGAGUGGAUGGCCUUUUGGCUCUUCAAAAUCUCCUACUUCAUCUUCUUCCUCAUCCUCUCCCUCCUCUCCACCUCCGCGGUGGUUUACACCAUCGCGUGUGUCUUCACCGCGAAGGAAAUAACUUUCAAGAAGGUGAUGAGUGUGGUUCCGAAGGUUUGGAAGAGACUGAUGGUCACUUUCAUAUGGAACUUCAUCAUAGUUUUCGCUUACAACCUUGUUGCACUAUUUGUGUUGAUAUUAUGGGCGGUCUUAAUUGGACUUGAUACCGGCGUUGGAGUCGCAAUUCUGGUCGUUUUCUUGAUCUUCUACUUCGUGGGUUUUGUCUACAUAAGCGUUGUUUGGCAUUUGGCGAGCGUGGUCACAGUUUUGGAGGAUGUUUAUGGGAUUCAAGCAAUGAUCAAGAGCAAAGGUCUGAUCAAGGGUAAGAUGGUAAUUUCAGUAGCGACCUUCCUUUUGCUCAGUGCGUGUUUUUUGGUGAUACAGUUGGGGUUCGAAUGGUUUGUUGUGAUUGGGUACGGGUAUAAGUUUGUGAUGAGAUUAGGAAUUGGGAUUGUUUGCUUCCUUUUGCUAGCGGUGUUGAUUCUCUUUGGGCUUGUCAUCCAAACAGUGAUCUACUUUGUCUGCAAGUCCUAUCACCAUGAGAACAUCGACAAGUCCUCCUUAGCCGACCAUUUGGAGGUUUAUCUUGGGGAAUAUGUUCCUCUUAAAGCCAAGGAUGUCCAACUUGAGCAUUACAAUGUGUGA